AUGCACCAAACGCUUCGUUCGCUUAUGUUCGCUGCCUAUGAACGGGAGGAGGAGGAGCGACAGAAAGCCUUUGCUGACGCGCAACGAAUAGUGUCCGGAACGCAAAUCGGUCUGGCGAAUGUGAAGGAUGAGCUGGACGAUGAAUGUGAUCUGGAGCUGGAACCGCGAUUCGAUGUUAAACCUAUCCGUCGGCCCGUACCGGUCGAACCUGAACCACAAUCAGAAACCGAUCGGUUGGAUAUACCCGAUCCAUCGCUGCAGAGCCGUCCUGUAACUCGAUCAACAGUGCGUCAACAGGUUGUGGAAGACGAUGAGUACGUGGAUGAGAUUGUAUCAGACAACGAGGAACUUUUCAAUGCCCAUGAAGAGAAGCUCAAGAUACAGGGUGACUCAAUGCGAACUGAUGACAUCGCUAUCAGCGAACCUUCUGAGGUAAUCGUUUACAACUGCAGGACUCAACUAAGGACUGUAGUAGCAUUUUCCGAAUAUUUUCUCAAUGGUGGCGGAGUCGGUGUAGUGGCAAGUAGCACACACUCUCACACUCGUGAUCCGGGGAUCGAAUGUUUGAUAAAUAUCGUCUAA